AUGGCAAAUCUCUUUUUAAACUUGUUAUUCACUUAUUUUUAUUUCUCUGCAGCUUAUGAUCCAAAUCUGUUAGAGAAAAAGAUCCUGCUUUUGGAGGCUGGAAAUAAGAAAGCAGACGGACAGCUGCCAGAAUUGUACAGUAACCGAGUGAGCGCACUUACUCCAGGCAGUGCAGCAUUCCUAAGCCGUUUGGGAGCUUGGGAUCAUAUAUGCAACAUGAGGUACAAGCCAUUCAAGAGAAUGCAGGUUUGGGAUGAAUGCUCAGAUGCAAUGAUUACUUUUGAUAAAGCUAACCUGUUGGAGGACAUGGGCUUCAUCGUUGAGAAUGAUGUUUUAUUGUCAGCUUUGUCUAAACAACUGACUGCUGCUGACAGGGUGCAUGUGUUAUACAGAAGCAAAGCGGUGAACUAUACCUGGCCAGAACCAUGCCUGUCACCUGAUAUGAAUCCAUGGGUGCAAAUUGAACUGGCUGAUGGGAAUAAACUUCAGGCAUCAGUACUGAUUGGUGCAGAUGGUCCAAACUCAGUGGUACGGCAGUCCGCUGGUAUUCAGACUAUGCAGUGGAAAUAUGAUCAAUCUGCUGUGGUUGCUACUCUUCGCCUUGCUGAACCUACUGACAACAAUGUGGCUUGGCAGAGGUUUCUGGUGACCGGGCCGAUCGCAAUGCUUCCGCUCUCUGAUGAUCUCAGUUCCUUGGUGUGGUCAACUUCUCACCAGCAUGCAUCUGACCUGCUCAGUAUGGAUGAAGAGACUUUUGUUGAUGCUAUUAAUUCAGCUUUUUGGAGCAAUGAGAAUCACACUGAAUUCAUUGACACUGCAAGCUCCAUAUUAAAGACAGCUUUAACGUUUCUGAUGCCAUCGGGCACAUCAGUACGCCAGCUGCCACCAAGCGUGGCUCAUAUUGACCCAAAAAGCAGGGCUAUAUUUCCACUUGGACUGGGUCAUGCCACGAAGUAUGUCGGACCACGUGUUGCUCUCAUCGGGGAUGCUGCACACAGAGUUCACCCAUUAGCAGGGCAGGGAGUCAACCUGGGCUUUGGGGAUGUUGCCAGUCUCUCUCAACAUCUCAGUGAGGCAGCCUACAAUGGCGAAGAUUUAGGAUCCACCAACCACCUCAAUGCAUUUGAAACAGAGCGUCAGAGACAUAAUCUCCCUGUCAUGGCUGCAAUAGACCUGUUGAAAAGGUUGUAUUCAACCAAAAGUAUACCACUGGUCUUGCUGAGGAGUCUUGGUCUGCAGGCGACAAAUGCAUUUGUACCUAUUAAGGAGCAAAUCAUGGCAUUUGCCAGUAGGUGAAUUGUAUUCUGCAUCUACCCUGGAUUUCUUCUAUCUGUGGAGGAUGCUGCAAGUCUGGCUGCUCGGAAAUUUUUAUUUUGGGUUCCUGCUGUUCACUGUAAAGGACUGAUUUGUUAUCUUUUCUAAUUUAUUACAUUGGAAUUGAAUACAUAGUACAGUACAAAUCAAAUAUUUACUAUCAAAAAUUCCUUGGCAGGCUGCGUCUAACAUACAGUAUGGCACAGAGCUGUGUACAGCAUGGGUGAUGAAUGGUGCAAGAAAUCCAGAAACAUUUAGAAUGACCUUAUCACCCAAUCAUUGAUGAAGUUUGUUUGUGAUUUGUGACAGUCCAAUGCAUUGUUACAUUGUAUAAAGAAAAACACAAAUUAAUUCAGGCCCGCGAAUCUUAACAAGUGGAUUAAAAGGAGAGAAGGCUCAUAAAUCUUAACAAGUGGAUUAAAAAGAGAGGUCACUUGAAUGCUUACAUGUAUUGAAGUGUUCUGCUUUAGACUGAAAUAUACACUGUGAUCACUGUCAUUUGUUUAUGGGAAGGGAGCACAGCAACUUGUUUUGUGUGAACAGUAUGCACGAACUUCACAUAGUGGUGUAUGUUGAACUAUUACUGUGUUUCAAGAAAUCUGAACCUGUUGUAUCUGAUGCCGUCUGAGUCAGUGCAGGGUUAAGGUAAAGCGAGAAAGCAAACUGAGACAAACACUAGAAGAGGGCUAAUUAACACUUGCAAAUGGUACUUUUAUAAAAUAAGGCCAAAGAGUGAAAUUACAGAUCAGAGACGAAAGUAACACUCAUGUUCUGUUACUAAUUUUGAUGUACAUACAUGAUAAAUUGUGGACUGAUAUUGCAAGUGGUGUCUUCAGAACUGACAGAACUUCUGAAGUGAAUGGUCACAAAAUAGCAGGGUUUCUAAAAGUCAAGAUUGCAAAUUAAGCAGAUCUUUCAGAUGUUUCCUGGGUAAACUGCAGAUACAGAUGGUUGUGUGUCACUUGGGCUCAGUCCAUCAGUGAACUUGGGUAUAGAUUGACUUUCCAACUAUUUUUACUGGAGCAGGAUGCAUUUGCUUCCAGAGUUCAACUUCUGACCUUUGAGUGCUGUGGAUUUUAAAAUCUAGCUUUAAUACUUCCACGAAUACAGUGAAUUGAGAUGAAAUACAGAUGAAAAUCUCACUUUGUCUGUUAACUUUUUUUUAGUCAAGUUACCUUGGUAUCUGUUAAUCUGGACAAUGGUUUAAUAGGUACUAUUUUUGAAAACUUAUUGCACUCCAAAAGCAUAUUCAUUGUCCUGUUUUAAUAUAAAUCACUAUUAUUUUAGUACAGUACCAGUUGGUAAUUUAACAGCCUGCUUGCUAAUGUUUUAUGGGUCUGAAGACAUCUCCUUGCCAAAUAAGAGAUUUGCCCCUGAACCAUUUUUUGACUUUGUACCUAGGUACAUGUGACAAUAAUAAAUCAAAUCAGUGAAAAGUUUUGUACCGACAGAUCAUACCAUACAAAGUACAUUACGGUAAUAGAACAGAGCAAGGAAUACAAUGUUACGGCUGCAGAGAAAGGCGCACAAAGAGCAAGAUCAGUAUUAAAUUUAAAAUUUGAGGAGUCCAUUCGAAAGUCUAAUAACAGUGGGGGAAAAAGCUGUUCUUGAAUCUGUUGGCAGUGUUUAAGCUUUUGUAUCUCGUGCCCGAUGGAAGAGUUUUCUAGCCCAUUAAAUGGUUUUAGAAUAGGGAAAAGUGCUAGAAUCUAUUAUAAAGGAUGUGAUUGUGCUAUAUAUGAUCCUGUGCGCUUCAAUACGUAAUAGUAUUCCCUGCUUAUAGAGCUGUAUUCUGGAAGGAUUAAAGAUUAAUGUUUAGCUUCUUAGCUGCAUAGUCUACUGGAAACCAUGUUGCACAACAAACAGCCUACCUUAAGCAUCCUUACCUGUUUCAAAUAAACCCAUCCUUCAAAUUCAAGAGGAAGGUAUUGUCAGUAAAACAUGUUCCAGCUUUGUCUUUAGUUUGCAUCAGAGAUGCGGGAGCUAAGUAUAUUUUAUUAAAUAUAGAUUUAUUUCAACUUGAAGUGACCAUGUUCAAAGUGGUAAACCAAGUGAAUAGCUGUGCAGGAACUUUAUUUUAAAUUGCCACUGCUGAAGCAGGUGGGACUUCAACCCAGGUUUUCUGACCCAGAUGUAGGGACGACAGCAUUGCACCACGAGUCCCAACUGGUAUAGAUAAAAUGGAAUUGUCUGUCGUUCAGAGAUUGUGGAGCUGCUUCCAAAUGUGGGUGAUGCAGUAGAAAGGAAGGAAAACAGCAAGAAGUACCCUACUUCUCAAUAACCAUUUUUAAUUUUAAAAAUCUGUAGGUUUAAUUCAUGAUAUGUUUAAACAUAUUUUAAUAAGUUCAAUUCACACCAUAUGAUCAGGACAUUGAGAAUAUUACAGUGUGUAGGUGUCCUGAAUUGCUCAAUGAAAUUACUGCAAGUGAACAUUUUAUAUAAAAAUCACUUUUUACAGCCAUCAUGCAGUUAAAAUGUCAUACAAGUGCAAUAUACAUCAUUUUGUACCAGGACACAGAAUAUAACCACAAUAAUUUAGCAGUCACGUGAGAAUCUCUCUCUCUUUCCCCAACAAUACUCUCCUACUUUGAAAGCUUUUGUUGGUUAAAAGCUAGACUCUGAAAAUGAAACAACUUUGGUCAGAGAUAUUUAAAUUUCUGAGACAGUGAUUGGACAAGAGAAUCUGAUGAGCCAAACCCAGCAGCCAGCUGUAUAGAUCAGAAGAUCAAUAAAUAGUGUGAAACAUACUCUUGGCACUACAUUUACCAAAAAUGCCAGUCAAGUUUGGCAACUUUCUGGCACAGUUUGGAUUACUGGAAGUAAGCUAGUUGAAUUAAAUGUUUAAGUUACAUAAUUUUAAUACCUGAUCAGACCAAUUUUUGUUACAGUUACUUAAAAUUGCAGUUCAAAACAGUAUGGUAAGCAGAAUCCUGAGUGGUCUUAUGAACAACAUCAUACUGCUCCAGGUUUUCAUAGAGUUGCAACUUGUAAGGAAAUUAUGUAACAGAUGAAAGUCUGGUUAAGGCAGAGCUUUGGAUGUACUAGUGAUUUGAACCUUUUGAAAUUCAAACUUAUCGAAGAGCUAAAUUGACUUACAAGGUAACAUAUCUAUUACAGUCAUAAUUAAAAAUCUACAUUUAAAUACAUUUGUGGUUUUCGAGGAACAGUAUUUCCCAACAAUCUCUUCAGUGCUUAAUUGCUUUAUAUUUAUUUCCCACUUCCUACCACCUCCAAACAAUUUGAUAUCAGAUAAUGGUCUCCUGGCAAAAUAGGUCCAAGUUAAAAGUCACUGGGAGGCAUUCAAUUUUGGUUGAGAAUAACAACUUCCCACAUUCUUCCGGUUAAAAUGCCAAUCCCUGGCUUUCCCCCACUACUCUCUCAAUUUACUUGUACAACCAACGCUGGUUCUAAUAGGAAGGUUUAAUGUUGUGCUUCUACCAUUGUAAGUGAUUUUAAAAAAAAAUCCCAUCAACUUUGAAAUCAAGCUUCUAAGAAAAAUCUACAUGUAAAAUCAAAUUUGCUGUAAUUUUUAAAAAUCUAGGCAUGUUUUCACUGAAACUCUAAUCUGAACAUGUUUAAAAAUAUCUGCUGUAAUUGAUGAAGGUUUAGAGCUGAUUUACGUCAACAUUUUCUUUUGCAGACUUUUGAGUUUUGUUAAGUAGGAGCAAGCACAAACCAACUUAAGUUAUUAAUUCUGAAAAGGAUUAAAGUAUAUCAAAGUUUCUCUGCAAGUCCAGUAGAAGAGAGCAUAGCACAAUUACUGCCCAUUGACUUUUUGGGAUUGAGGUAUUGAGGAUUUCCACUAUCAGAUGGCAAUGCCAUCAAAUAUAUUUUAUUUUUCUGCUAAUUUUAUCCAAGACAAGUCAAAAAUGUGGCAAUAUAGCAUAGCCUCCUCCCACCCCACUUCCUCAUGAAAUAAUGAGACACGCAGUAGAAGGGAGCAUAUCUCCGAGUUGUUUUCAGUGAAUGGCGUCCAGUUUGGAUGCAGACAUAAAUCAGUGCUCAGACUUAAAACAGGUAACGAUCAUGUGGGUCAGUGCCCCCAUAAAUAAAGUGUCUCAUUAGAUUUGCUUUACAAUUCGUGCAGUGCUCCUCAGUGACUGGAUGAGGUGGAAUGCUGCUCCUAGUGCCCAGCUAGUUUCAAUAUUAUUUACUUUCUUGGUCAGCUGUGAAAAUAAUAAAUGCAAGAAUGAUAAAUACUACAAUACAAUAAAUGUCAAUCUUCAGCAAGCCCAGGAAAGAUUGGGGCAGAAUUGAGUGGGAAGUCACAACAAACACCAUACGAUUUUACUUAUAGGGCAGAAGUCUUUAGAUAGUUGGACUUUCUGCACGACCACAAAGUCAAUAGGAACCUUCACAUCCCCCUGCCUUAAAAAAAAUCCAUCAUCACCACGCCCCUAUCUGUUCCUAAUGGAUAUCUCGCAAACAUUUAACAUACUUAAUCUGGGAAGGAAUUCCCGUCUUAGAGAUUGGCUGACAGUCACUAUUCCCAGCUAUACCACUGGCAGCAAUGGACACUACUGGAACUACUCCAAGAUCCACAGAACAAACUGCCAAGAGCACUUGACACCAAUUACAAACAAAAGUUAUUUAUUUUUUUAGAUAUAAUGCCCAAAUGAUUUUAAAACUUAAAAGCAGAAUUUUAUAUUCUCCAAAUUCUCUGGCAAGUCUUUGGAUGGGAACCAUAAAAUUCUACUUAAGUUCUAAAACCAUCUAGACGUUCUGGCCAAGAAAAAAAUAAAUAGUUCUAGUUUGUAAUUGGUCUCAAGUCCCUUAUUGUUCUUGAUUAGUAAGGAUAUCAAAGGUCACAGACAGAAGGCAAGAGAAUGGGAUCGAGAAACAUCAGCCAUGAUCGAAUGGCAAGGCAGACUUGAUGGGCUGAAUGGUCUAGUUCUGGUCCUAUACCUUAUGGUCUUAAAAAGAUUAUUACACAGUUAAGUUGUACUGAAUUAUCAAUGACUUGGAAUAAACAGAAGACAAUUUGAUAGAGGGAUUCUGUAUUAAUAGUCUAGACUACCUUUAUAAACUUGAUAACAAAAGGAACCAUUUCUGUAAAACUCAAAAUUGAGCCACUAACGACUUUUCUUACAGUCUGUCUAUUGUACAUCAGAAAGUGAAGUCGAAUAGGCAGCACAUUUACCUGUAGUUCUGUGUUAUCAUGGAAUCCAAAACCUUCCUUGAGUAAGGCAGUAAUGUAUGUCAGAUCCAUGCAUAGAAAGGGACUACCUUUGGUUGCUUUACUGAAGUUUUCACACACUGAGGAAUUCAAAAUUCAUAAUUAGACAACAGGAAAACAGGAGUGAUUUACUUUCACUCUGAUCUUUUAGGAGAAAUUGUACUGUAAACACAUCACAACUAGCCGUUACUUUCCUGUACUUCUUAAUAUACAUUUUUACUCCUUUAAAAAGGGCACUACAUUCAUAGAAAAGUACAUAUAGGAGUUACAACACAGAAAUAACAUUGUAUCCAAGAGGUCCAUGCUUCACAUGAGCUUUCUCACACCGUAUUUUAUCUAACCCUUCCUCUCUGGUAUUCAUCUAGCUUUCUCUAAAAUACAUUAAUGCAAUUCAUCACUAACGAUGUGAUAAGAUGAUCAAGAAUUUUCUGCUGAAUUUGUUAAUGUAGAUCUUAUUUCUGAGUUCUAAUGAAGAGUUUCAUACUGGACUGGAAACAUUGAUUAUUUCUCUUUCUAUAUAUGCUGCCAGACCUGCUGAGUUUCUCCAGCAUUUUUUAUUUUUCUUAUUUCAGUUUCUCCUGAUUCUAGACUCUGUGACAAGUGGAACAUCUUUCUAAGUCUACCCUAUCAAACCUCACCAUAAUUUUAAAGAUGUCUAUUAGUCACCCCUCAGCCCUCUCUUUUCUAGACAAAAUUAAACCGUCAGUUCAGUCUUUCCUGACAUGUACAACCUCUUAGUUUAUCAGUACACCUCCCUUCACCAUCUGAAGAAGCAAUGCUCUGAAAGCUUGUGAUUUUAAAUAAAUCUGUUGAACUAUAA